UGUCCGUAUUAGAGUUUUGUUUUUCUUCAAUUAUUACUGAAAUAACGAUGUAUGACCGACCGAUGUAUAUACCUGAAGAAAAUUGGUGUUCUUGGUGCGACAUGGAUAAUAAGAAAUGUAAAUGUUCUUUUGAAAAUACUCGUAUUUGGUUCGAAGUAUCUGAUUAUUGUAAAAGUUGUUAUAUGUUUAAAUCUUAUUGUUAUUGUGGUGCUAUUGUUGGAUGGAGGUGGGAAGAUGUCGAGAAUGAAUGUUACAAAUGGUGUAAAUACUGCGACGAAGUUGGUGAAGACAAUAAACGAUAUAAGAAUCGAGCUAAUCAUAAUUCGCGAGACUGUAAGUAUAAACCAUCAGAAAAGUUAAGUACUACGGAUGGGUCGAAAUUAACUGAAGAAUGGAAAAUGGAAAAAAUCGAAUGUUCAAUUUGUUCAACAAAAAAGUGGAUUAAACGUUAUUCUAAGGGACAACGGUGUCCAAAGUCUAAAAAACAGAUUUGGAAUGAUUGUUGGUUGGAUAUUGAUGAAUUAGGAAGGAAUAUUUUUACUUUAUAA